ACAUUUUUUUCUGUUCUGUUCAAAAAAAAACUCUGAGAAUUCUCUGAGAAUUCAGCUCCACCAUUCACCGGAGCUGAACACAACAAUCCAAUUCCUAUUUCUCUGGAAAAAUGCCCUGAUCAUCCCAAAAUAUCACCCAGGUGACUCUACCCCACCCUUCUUCCUCCAUCCAAAACCCAUGGACCGGGACGGUCCCAUCCUUCAAUUUGAUAAUGUGGUUGUUGUUGGCGGUGAAUGCGCCGGCUGGGACGAAGGAGGUAGCGGUGGCGGUAGAGGAGGGAGCAUUGCGGAGAGAAGGGCGGCAACCUGCGGCUUCAAUGCGGAGAGAAUAGGCAACUCCGGAUUCGGACCAGGGUCACCGAUGGUGGCGGGGUUUCCUUGUCUAACUAUUUCCCCUGGUAUCAGUCCCACUGCCUUGUUGGGAUCCCCUGUUCUGUUACCCAAUUCUUCUCCGCCAUCUCCAACCUCAGGAACAUUGCUGCCUUCCCUUCUCAAUCAUGAUGGUGAAAUGCUGAAUUCUAAGAUUUGUAGUGACGAUUACAGGGGCAGAAUUUCUAAUUGUUCCUUCACAUGCAAGUCUAAUAAGGAUGUGGUUUCUUUACCAAGUUUGUCUAGUUUAGAUAACCAGGUUUCUUCUCCAUAUCCUGUUCAGAAAGCUGAGGUUGAAUAUCAACCUCCUGCUUCUUUGGAAUUAGAUUUUGAAUUUCCCACAGCAUUCUCAAAAGAAGCCAUCCCAAGCAGCCCUGCAGUUGAUUUAGUUGCAAAUGUCAAAGGUUUUAGCAACACUGUGAGUGAUAAUUGUUGUAAUCUGGGAUUUUCUAGUCCUGAGGUGGCCAGCGGUCAAAUGUGUACACCAAAGGAAAAUUUUAGUGGAGAAGAUGCCAACAAACAUCUUUUGGAUUGUGAUCAGAAAGGAACAAACCCUUCAAUGGAAAUGAUAACAACAUCUGAAGAUGGCUACAAUUGGAGAAAAUAUGGACAGAAGCAGGUAAAAGGUAGUGAAUAUCCAAGGAGCUAUUAUAAAUGCACCCAUCCAAAUUGUCCGGUGAAGAAGAAGGUAGAGCGUUCACUUGAUGGGCAAGUAACAGAAAUUAUCUACAACGGUGCCCAUAAUCACCCAAAGCCUCAGCCUAAUCGUCGAGCACUAAUUGAAUCCACACUUUCAUCUGAUGAAAUGUUAGAGAUGGCUGAAGGUGGCCAAAUUUAUGCUGAAGAUAAAGGUGGCUUGGUUUGGAGAAAUAUCCAGACAGGAUUCAAGGAUGCAAAACCUGUUUCUGAAUCUUCUGAUUGGAGAACUGAUGGUCUGGAGAGGACAUCCCCAACUUCUGUUGUAACUCAUGCUUCUGAUCCAUUAUCAAUGACUGAAGGAAAAUCUGUUGGUGUGGUUGAAUCGGCUGAAACUCCUGAAUUUUCAUCUACUCUUGCUAGUCAUGAUGAUGAUAAUGAUGAUAAGGUCAUCCAGGGAAGCAUGCCAUUUUUCAAUGAUCCCACUGAUGAUGACGAGUCUGAGUCAAAAAGAAGGAAGACAGAAAGCUGCUCGAUUGAAAUGAAUUUGUCAUCAAGGGCUGUCCGUGAACCAAGAGUUGUUGUCCAAAUAGAAAGUGAUGUGGACAUACUUGAUGAUGGGUACCGCUGGAGGAAAUAUGGACAAAAGGUUGUCAAAGGAAAUCCUAAUCCUAGGAGCUACUACAAAUGCACUAGUUCUGGAUGUUCUGUAAGGAAGCACAUCGAAAGAGCCUCUGACAAUAUAAAAUGCGUACUCACAACAUAUGAGGGAAAACAUAAUCAUGAAGUUCCAGCUGCCAGAAACAGCACCUCAACCAUUUCCAACACUCAAACAAACCCAGUGUUGCCUAGAGAUACCAGUGUUCCCAAGCCUGGAACACAGAUUCCUGGUAUUGUGAAUCCCUUCAAUCGAAAGCCUGAAUUUAACAAUGGAUAUCCAAGACCAACUUUUCUUGGAAAUUUCAGCAACGAGAUGAAAUGUGGAGCCUCCCCCAUUUACCAAAUGAAGUUCCCUCCGUUGCAUCACGUCUCUCCUUACAGCCCUUUUGGACCAAACUCUAACUGUUCAGCUCACCCUGUUAGUUCACUUGGCAUGGAUUUUUCAAUUCCAUUGUCAUUGAGACUCCCACAAUCUGCAAAUUUUCCCCUGUCAAGAUUUGAUGUUAAUAAUGGAAAACCAGCUAUCCCAGGUCAUUCUUUCCUUCAAGGUCAACAGUUAAAGGAGAAUGAUGUACAAUUCCUCAGGCCUAAACUGGAGAAAAAGGAUGAUAAUCUUUAUGAUGCUUGCUAUCCCAUUAUGGAUCAUGCAAAUGAAUCAUCAUUGUCAUCAUCAACAGUUUAUCAUCAGGUCAGAGGAAAUUUUCCACCCUAGAAAAUCUCUCUCUGCUUUUAAUCAGGGAUUUUGGACUGAAUUCUAGCCACAGUUCAUCUCAGCCUCUUGGUUCAGUGGUUUUGGAUUCUCUAAAUCCAUUUCUGUACAGACUUCCUACAUAUCUGCAAAACUUUCCAUGGUGCGGAUUUGGUAUCAAUAAUAAUGGAAAACCAGUUGUUCCGGCUUGCUCUUUUCCUUCAAGGGCCGCAGUUAAAAGAAAGCAAUAUCAAGUUGCUCAGGCCAUAAACAGGAGAAUAAGAAGAUGAUAAUCUUCAUGAUGCUUACUUAAUGCCAUUACUUACCAUGCAAACGCAUCAAUGCAUCUUCACCUACAUCAUCAUUGUUUUCUUCAAUUUAUCAUCAGGUCAGGAAUUUUUCCACCCUAGAGACUUUCUCUUUGCUUUUGAGCAGUAACAAUAAAAUGGAUGUAGUCUUUCUCUCUUGUUACACUGCUAAAUUUCCACUGUUUUUCUAACAUAUGAAAGUAAACAGUUUAUAGUUCU